AUUGUUUGUAAUGUAGUGCAUUUUCAUUUUUAUUACACUGUCAAUUUCUUACGUAAUAUCAAGAAAACCUCUCAACACCGUAAAGAUAAUCGUUAUAGUUUCCUCUGACGUCAGUUCCUACAGCUGUUGAGCACCAAGUGUAAGUAAACCUAAAGAGUAAAGAAAAGAAAAAAGAAAGAAAAAAAAACUCAAGCGACAUACAUCGAGCCGCCCUUACAGCUGAAGAGCACAAGGGAAAAGGCCUCCGGACGCAAGGAAGGGGGCGUGGUCUCCCAGUGCUAAGGAGCCCCAGACACGGACGGCCGCCCACACACCCUACCUGGUGGCGGUCUGGCUUACGUGGUCGAGCUGCACUCCUAUAGCCUCCAGUUUCCUCCCCUCCUCUGUUCCCGGCUCACGUGAUCGAGCUACAGUCCCCCGGCAUCCAGGACUCGCUCUUCUCUUUUUCGUGACAGGGUAGAUCAGGCCCGGGAGGCUUAGCAUGUGCGUCUAGGUUUCGGAGUGGAACUGGUUGUUAGGCAGGACGAGCAGGGCAAAAGAGUCGCCAUCAUGUGUGCUAAGUGUUUCGCCGUGGCGCUGGGCGUAGUCGUGCUUGCCGUGGCAGGGCAAGGCUACGAGGAAAAUGAGACCCUUGUUGCCAUUCGUGAAGACAAGUCAUUAUUUAAUAACUUCUUUUCUCCGCUGACGGUGGUGCGGCUGUCCAACGAACUGUGCACGGCGCCCGACGGCACCAGCGGCACCUGCGUGGGCAGACUGGAGUGCGCCAAGCAAGGGGGAACCGUGUCGGGCGUGUGCGGGCAGGGCUUCGGCGUCUGCUGCGUCACGAAGGUCCCCGAGAACGGAGUCGUCAGAGCGAACAACACACUCAUUCUGAAGGAGACGUUCAAUGACGGCGUUGACCUCACGUACACCGUUGUUAAGGUCAAUGACGACAUCUGCCAGUACAGGAUUGACGUGAAGGAACUGACGCUGGAUGCGGUGGGCGAGGCAGGAGACUGUUUCCAGGACUGGCUUGAAGUUAACCAAGACACGAAGUUCAGCAAAGUCUGCGGCAAAACGAUUGACGUGCACUAUUAUUUCGACGUGACUGCUCAGUACACUAUCUUCACCUUCCACACGUCCGACGCGGUUUCCCUGGACAGGAGAUGGGAGAUCUACGUGUCUCAGUACACGUGUGACAUGGGGGCGCCCCAGGGUUGCGGUCAGUGGUACUGGGGUACAAGCGGAACAAUCACGCUGUGGAAUAACAUUGAUCCCGAUAACGACAAAUGGUAUUACGUUGACGACCAAGAAUAUGCCAUCUGCGUGCGGACCGAAGCAACGUACUGUAGUGUGACAUACGUCGAGAAUCAGCCAUACGGCUUUGCACCGAGAUGCGACGACCUGUUCGAACGACCCGGAACUUCGAACCAGCAACAGACGUGCGGUACGACUCCUCCUUCCACGGCGAUUACUUACACGGUGCCGGAAGGUUUACAGUAUUUCUACGUGCAGUUUAAGGACAACACCAACGCCCAUUUGGGUGAUACUUCCAACCCCUACGGUGUCCCCAUCAUCCAGUACACACAGAACAAGUGCACAUAAGGCUCUCGUUUGGUGUGUGAAGGAUAUUUCAUGUUAUUUAUGAUUAUACAUUAAGUUUAUAUUUAUUGCACUUAGUUAGCUGAGCAUUUUUUGUUAUUAAUUAUUAUUUGUAAAUCGUUAUCGUUAACAUAAAAUGUAUGAGUGUUUCUGAGUAUCCUGAUUGUAACUUAUAGUUUUCUUACUUAGUAAGAUGAUUAAAAAAAUAUUUAUGUACAUGCA